AUGUCUACAGCCGUGCUCUCCGGCAAGGUCGCCCUCGUCACCGGCGGCAGCAAAGGCAUCGGCGCCUGCGUUGCGAUGGCCCUCUCCCAGCUCGGGGCCAAAGUCGUGAUCAGCUACGGGAGCGACGCGUCGGCGGCGGACUCGACGGUCUCCAAGCUCGGGGGUCCCGACAACGCCCUCGCCGUGCGGGCGGACGCCGGCAGCGUCGCGGGGAUCGAGUCGCUGGUCAGCGCGACGGUGGGGAAGUUCGGCAAGAUCGACAUCCUGAUCCCCAACGCGGGCGUGCCGGAAAUGAAGACGGUGUCGACGACGAGCGAAGCCGACUUUGACCGCUCCUUCAACCUGAACGUCAAGGGCCCGUACUUCCUCGUGCAAAAGGCGCUUCCGCACAUGCCUCGCGGGAGCAGCGUCGUGCUCAUCUCCACGACCCAGACGGCCGCGUCGACCGUCACGGCGCCGUACACCCUGUACUGCGCGACGAAGGGCGCCGUAGAGCAGAUGGGCCGCACGAUGAGCAAGGACCUCCUGGCCACGAAGGGGAUCAACGUCAACGUCGUCUCGCCCGGUCCGACGGGGACGGAGUUGUUCUACCGGGGCAAGUCCGACCAGGUGCUCCGGAUGAUCGCGGGCCUGAACCCCAACAACCGCAUCGGUACGCCCGAAGAGGUCGCCGACGCCGUCGUGUUCUUGUGCCGUCCCGAGGCCAGGUGGAUCUCGGGUCAAAACAUCAGGGUCAACGGUGGCCAGGCAUAG